GCCGACGGGAAGGCGGCGCGAACGAACAUGCACAACAUGAAGUGUGUCGUGGUGGGGGACGGCGCGGUCGGCAAGACGUGCGUCCUGAUCUCGUACACGACGAACGCGUUCCCUGGCGAGUACAUCCCGACCGUGUUUGACAACUACAGCGCCAACGUGAUGGUUGACACCAAGCCGAUCAACCUCGGGCUGUGGGACACGGCGGGCCAGGAAGACUAUGACCGUCUGCGGCCGCUGAGCUACCCCCAGACGGACGUGUUUCUCAUCUGCUUUUCCGUCGUGAGUCCCGCGUCGUUCGAGAACGUCAAGGCCAAGUGGUUUCCCGAGAUCCAGCACCACGCGCCAGGCGUGCCGUUCAUCCUGGUCGGGACCAAGCUCGACUUGCGCGACGACGAAGAAACGAUCGAGCGACUCAAGGAGAAGCGCUUGAAACCCAUCACGACGGAGCAAGGCGAAGCUCUCAAGAACGAACUUGGCGCGUUCAAGUACCUCGAGUGUUCGGCGCUGACACAAAAAGGUCUCAAGCAAGUGUUUGACGAUGGGAUUCGGUGCGUCCUGCAACACCACAAGAACCCCAAGAAAACGACACGAAAAUUUGGCGGGUGCAGCAUCCUCUAA